AUGCUUCCGCAGCAUUCUUUCACGACUUUUGGCUGGCUCGUCUGUACAUGGGUCCUCGUAGUAUCUUUUCAGUACGGCUACCAUAUAUCUACCCUCAACCAAAUCCAAGCAGUUUUGACUUGCAAAGACCACGACCCCCUCACUCCAUACUCCUAUAAUCUCCCAACAUGCAUUCUCAUGUCCGACGCAACAUUCUCCCUUCUUACCUCCGUAUUCACCGUCGGUGGGUUACUCGGAUCCCUCAGUGCUAACUCGGUUAUGGAUCGGUAUGGAAGGAAAGGGGCAGUACAGGCGAGCUCGAUGUUCGUUGCGGCUGGGGCAGCGUUGAUGACGGCAGCUUCAAACGUCCCGGUUCUGUGUUUCGGAAGGAUGUUGACGGGUGUAGGAGCUGGCAUCGGACUUUGUGUUGGUCCCAUUUUCCUCUCAGAGAUCGCCCCCACGAGAAUCAAAGGCAGUGUCGGCGUCCUAACCCAGCUCGCCAUCGUCAUCGGUAUAAUGAUAACUCAAGCCAUGGGUCUCCGCCUCGCCAAGCCCACGACGUGGCGCAUUGUUCUCCUUUUCUCAUGUUUUAUCUCCCUCGCUCAACUCGUCAUUAGCCCUUUCGUCACAGAAAGUCCAGUAUGGCUACGAAGCAAGGGUGGCGUUGAGGACGUCAAGAAAAUUGAAAAGAGACUCUGGAGCACCUCGGAAGCAACCUUUGGACCGAGUGGAGAAUCACCGGGUGGUGAUGCCGAAGCCCAUGAUCCCCUGCUGGAACGCGAAGCAGAUGACGAAAACGAGAGCGAGGCAGAUAGGAGGCUCCGUAUAGCACACAAGCAAGCACCCACGGUGUCCUUCCUUGACCUCGUAAAGUCCUCAGAACUUCGCCGUCCACUUGCCAUUGUCUGCUUUGCCAUGACUUCUCAGCAGCUGUCUGGUAUCAAUGCUGUACUCUACUACAGCAACGAUAUUCUCUCCAAAGCCCUUCCAGAUCUUGGUCCCUUCGUCUCACUUGGCAUUACAAUCGUCAAUGCUAUCAUGACCUUCCCUCCCAUCUUCCUUAUCGAGCGACUUGGCCGCAGAACCCUCCUACUGCUAUCCGUAGGCGGUGCCCUUGUAUCGCUGGUUUUGGUAGGAGUCGGACUCGACGCAAAUGUCGUAUCCUUGGCUAGUGCAGCAAUCAUGACAUUUGUAAUGUCAUUCGCUAUCGGUCUUGGUCCGGUUCCGUUCGUGAUCAUCCCUGAGGUGUCACCUUCGCAUGCCGUCGGCGCUCUGUCCUCGGUCGCUCUCUCCCUCAAUUGGAUCGCCAAUUUCUUCGUCGGCCUCGUCUUCCUUCCUCUCCGGAACUCACUCUCGGGUGGCGACCCGGGGAAGGAAGGGAGAGUGUUCUACGUUUUCGCUGCCAUACUGGUUGUCACUACGACUGGAAUGUUCAGAAGCUAUCGUGGAUGAUGACCAUGACUCGGAUAGUCGUAGGUUUUCAUCCAAGGGACAUACGGUUGGCAGUUGGUCGGCAUUACGUCCAGAGGAGUACACGUACCGUAUCGGCGAAUAUGUAUAAUUGGAUAUUUGAGCGAGAACUUUACUUUGGGCGCAAGAAUUGAAUAUUUAUAACUUUGCC